AUGCAACUCCCAAACCUCAGCCUCCUCGUGAUCUUCAGUGCCUCGGCACUCGCAGCACUGAACAAGACCGGCUCAACCUGCACUGUGACGCCGUUGACGACAGGUCAGGAUGACACGCCCCAAAUCCUCGACGCCUUCAAGCAAUGCGGCCGCGACGGCAAGGUGGUGCUGACCGAGGGCCUCUUCAACAUCGGCCAGGUGAUGCGAACAACGGACCUGAACAACUGCGACAUCGAGAUACACGGAACGCUGAAGUGGAGUUCCGACAUACAGUACUGGCUGAGAAACAGCAUCAGCGUGACCUAUGCUGGUAGGUCGACCGCGUGGCAGCUAGGCGGCGUCAAUAUCAGCUUGAGGGGGUUUGGGAAGGCGCUAUUCGAUGGCAAUGGCCAGUUGUGGUAUGAUCAAAAUAGGAACCAAGGGAAUCAGAAUGGAAGGCCCAUCAGCUUGACACUUUGGCACGCCAAAAACGUCCUGGUGGAUGGCAUCACCUGGCGGCAGAGCCAGUUCUGGCAUACCUUUGUCGCAUAUUCGGAGAACAUCACCAUGACCAACCUCGACAUGAACUCGACCUCGAACUCUCAAUGGUCGACGGUCAAUACGGAUGGGGUGGACACCUGGAAUUCAAAAGACGUAGUCAUCUCCAACUGGACGGUCACUUGCGGCGAUGACUGCAUUAGCAUGAAAGGAAAUUCCAGCAAUGUGCACGUCAGCAACGUCGUCUGCCACGAGAGCGGUGCAAUGUGCAUAGGCUCCAUAGGCUCGAAUCCAUCGCAGCCAGACAUCGUCGAGAAUGUGUACUACGACAACGUCACCGCGUACCACAGCAGCAACGCCGCGUGGAUCAAGACGUACUCGGGCCAGGGGAGGGUGCGCAACGUGACCUUCGCCAACAUGCGUUUCGACAACGUGAACCAGCCGAUCUACAUCACGCCAUGCAUCUACGGCAGCUCCGGCUGCGACACCUCGCGGCUGAGCAUCGAGGACAUCCGCUGGGUCAACAUCACGGGCACCAGCCGCUACAACGUGGCUGCUGGGAUACACUGCAGCGCGGCGGCGCCGUGCAAGAACCUCAAGAUGGAAAAUGUGAACAUUACACCCAUAAAGGGCGGCAAGGCCAAGUGGUUGUGUUCCAACAUUCAGAACCAGGCGUCAAGUGGGAUUCCGUGUACCGAGAGCUGUCCUUCGAAUUGGCCGCAGCAGUUGAACGGAGAUCGCUGA